CAGUGCAAAUUAACASRCGCGCGGUAAUAACUCCCAUAAUUGCCUUCACAUUCUAACCGAGGAUAACUAGAGUUGCUAUGAAACAUACUUCAUCAAGGGUAUUUCAUAKUUUAACAUGGCUCAAUAUUUCUGAAAGAWUUCUUCCCAUAAUCCCUUUCAGUCCAGUAGAGGAGGGCGUGGUCGAGUUUGUCCAUAUAACUGUUGGCUUUAUACACAAACGCUUCAGUUUUUAGAUGAUGUACAGGUAGUCAAAAAAAUCCAGGUAGUGACACCUACCUGACAAAAAGAAUGCCAUAGAAAAGAAAAUACAUUUUUUUUGUAAAUAWGUUUGCCCRAUUCACGCAAUGGUCGCACAUGCAUGACGUACAAUAGCUCCAGGGUAUAAAUUCUUAAUGGGUGCAGUCUGUAUAAAUUAUUUCACKUGGCGACGAAAAAGGCUUCGUUGGAAAGGUCGCUUUGUAAAACCAUAACGGAGAGGAAACAAGCUUGUUGGACACCAACUGUGACAUCAUAGCCCAACCAUGUCUAACAGCCCAGUUACCAUGACAAUCACCUACGUCGCCCUUGGUUUUCUCGCAUUUUUCAUCAUCAUAACAAACUUGUUUGUCAUGUUCUUGAUAUACAACCGAAGAUCGUUGAGGACUCCAACGAACCUUUGCCUUGCUUCACUGGCUGCCUCGGACUUCAUGGCGGGAAGUAUCGCUAUACCACUAAUCAUAAUGUGYAAUGUCUCGCCACUUGAUGGUUUGCGUCAAGCAAUGGACUUUAGCUCAAGAUUUAUUUCAAUCUCUACUGUGAUACACCUACUCAUCGUGACAAUCGAGCGUUACAUCAUGAUAUGUCACGGCAUGAAGUAUAACUUAUGGAUCAAUACCAAGCGGGUUGUCACGGUUCUCGUAGCCACGUGGUUGUUCUCGGCUGUGGCGACUUUGAUUCAACUAUUCUGGAAGCUAACGCAGACAGAGGAACAAAUCCUCAAGGUGGACAGAAUUUACGAUACGGUGUGCUUAUGUUGCGUAGUAAUCAUUCCGUUAAUCAUCAUGGCAGCUAGUUACGUACGUAUCUUUAUUGCGUUGCGGUAUCAGCUUCAGCAGAUUCAAAGAUACAACAACCCAACGGAAAAGAGUAACGAGUUGCGUAGACGCCACGUUGAACGCAAAGCAGCUAUAAUCUUCGGCUGCAUGAUUAUAACGUUUACGCUGUGCUGGUUUUCGUACUUCAUUGAUGGGUUGAACAUCUUUACGUAUUCAUUUGAAGUCAGUCUCGUGCUGAUGUUUUUGCGUUACGUUUCGCCGUUCAUAAACCCUCUUCUGUAUACGUUUCUAAAGGAGGACUUCAAACUCGCAGUUAAAAUGUCACUUUGUCAAAGGUUUCGUGAAGCUUCUACGAAUUCCUAUUUGUACCAGUCGCAUUUUGCACCAAGUAAUAGCGAAAGCGCUGUGUAAUCACUGAAUCAAACGUUCCGAACUCAAAU